AUGGUUAUCUCCCGUGGUUUGAUACAAAGUCAGCCUAUUGGACGAUCGAGGUGGAACCCAAGGACAGACCAAAGACUGCUUUUAGCGACGGGUUUCGCUUAUUUCAUUUUCGUAGAUGCCAUUGGUCUUGCAACUGCAUCGUCAACAUUUCAAAGGGCUAUAAAUGCUGUCCUCAGCCCAACUUUGGGGAAACACGCCCUUGCUUAUCUUGAUGAUGUGGUGGUGUAUUCCAAAUCUUUUGAGAAACAUCUUGCUCAUCUCGAGGAGGGCAUCUCUCCAGAUCCGGAGAAGGUCGAGGUCAUCUCGAGGAUGCAACCCCCACGGACAGUACGCCAGGUCCGUCAAUUUUUGGGUGCCACAGGAUUCUUCCGAAGAUGCUUCAGGUUGGCAAUAGGAUCCUGCCUUAUGCAGAGGGAUGAUAAAGGUGUUCCCCAAGCAGUUGCUUACUACUCGAGAAAGUUGAGGGAUUCUGAGCGCAAAUUCCCUAUCAUUGACUUAAGAAGCUCUUGCAGUAGUGGAAUCAGUGCUUCCCAUCAUCUGCCUGACCUACUUAGUCGGAAAGUAGCUGCCAUUGAUUCAGAUUUCGAUCCACAGCAAGUAGCAGAGGCUCAACGGGACGAUCCGUUGUGGAGAGAAGUCAUUGAAUAUCUGAGGGAGAGACGAGCACCCCGGAGGAGACUUCUGUUCCCUCUAGAUGAAUUCGAGUUAAGAGAUGGGUUGUUGUAUCACAAUCGUGUCCUUCCUGAGAGAGUUGUUCAGCAGCUCGUUUUGAUUCCGCGAGCGCUAAGGAGAAAGGUUCUAGAGUUCGUUCAUGGAGAUAGAACUGCUGCUCAUCCGGGUGUUUUUCGCACCUACUGUAGAUUGAGGGAUCGGUACUACUUCCCUCAGAUGCAGUCAGAGGUUCGAAAGUUCGUGCUGUCUUGCAGGGAGUGUCAAAGAAGGAAAGGUGUGGCUUCUAAGCAAGCCCCUCUCGCAUCUAUGCCAGAAGUAUCUCAGCCUUUCGAGAGUGUGUCGGCUGAUUUGUUAGAGAUGGUGUGUGAAAUAUUAAAGGUAAAGACUAUGCACACUACAAGCUACCAUCCACAGGCAAACGGUAUGGUGGAAAGAGUCAACCGUGUAGUGAAAGAUUCCCUGGCAACCCUGAUAGGACAGCAUCCACAAGACUGGGAUAAGAUGUUGCCGUAUGUAUGUCUCGCAAUGAACACUGCUAUACACAGGAGUGUGAAUCAAACCCCUUUGUAUUUAUUAAUAGGACGUGAUAGCUACUUUCCAGCCUUGCUGACCAAUUAUCAGGAAAUGGAUGAAGAUGCUGCAAGGAUACUCAGAGGGAGACUGCGCGACGCUCGAGAAACUGCUGUGGAAUCGGCCAGAAAUUCUAGGGAAAGAUGGGCCCGGGACUACGACCGAAAAGUGAGGCGAAGGUUUAGUCCAGAAAUCGGAGAACUCGUGCUGGUACGAAUCAUACGCCGAGGACGUCCGCACCGUGUAGCAGCGUUGGCGCCCCGGUGGAGUAGGCCUGUCCGCGUCCUGAAGAAAGUGGGACCCGUGAACUACGUCGUGCAAGACCCCUACACACCAAACAAGGAGCUGAAGUGCCAUAUCAAUCAACUGAGAAGAUAUGUUCCCCGAGAGGAGUUUGUAUUCCCGGAAGCCCCAGGGGAUGAUGUCCAGGAUCCAGAUGACCCCGCAGACGAUCAAGAUGAUGACCAUGACGAUGGGGACGAAUCAGAAGACCAAGCUGUACCUGUCGAAGUCCUGGUUGUGCCUGAUCGCCAAACGCCUUGUCUAAACGCCCAUUAUUCCAGCAUCAGAACUCGGCAGGAGGUGCAGCCGUUUUGCAGCUGUGUAGCACGCCAACCCUGGGUUGCCGCGCUUGUAGGGGGAGGAGUUGUCGUGAAUCACGGUUUCCGCCGUGAACACGACGACGAAACUUUACCUUAUGCCUUUUCGCGCCACGAGGUAACAAGGGAAGACAGGCUAGAGAGAUUGGGCAGCUUGGUCGGAGUGGGCAGACCGAGGUUUGGAACUGCUGUUCAGAAAGGAACCCCGGAAUGGGCCUUCUAG